AAGGGAACAAUAAUUUGCAGAACGGCCAACUGCAAUCUAAGAGAGGGUGUCUCUUGCUACUGUAAGUCUCCUUCGCCAGCCCGAACCUGCUUACCCUGCAUUCCUCCUGUUCAUCCCGAAAACCCCGCCAUUUACAAUUCUUUUGGCCCUGAACUCCGCAGUUUAGGGGAAAGCGUGAAGAAGCUGAGUGGUAGGACGCCUCAGGGAAGCCACAGGAUCAAAGUAGGUCGCCAGGCUCUCCUGCAGGUCGAGCGGGUCUCGGCAUGACCGCUGCAGGCGGGCAUCUACGGUGGCGGGCUCCCGCCCCUCACGCAGCUGCGACCUGCGGGGGCGCGCGCAGCCUCGUGGGGUUCCCGCGGAUGCGCGCCCGGCGGGGAGCGCGCAGGGCGGAGAGCUGGGCGCGAGCGCCGCAGCUCACCUGCCGCGGGCGCCACCACGAACGUGCCACGCGGGUGGCCCGAGCUAUUCGGCAACACCGAAGGAGCCCCCUCCUCCGCCUGGGCGUGCCAAGGGGUUAAAAUGAACGAAGACCCGAAGGUCAAUUUAAGCGGGCUGCCUCGGGACUGUGUAGAUGCCGGUGCUCCGGAGAACAUCUCAGCCGCUGUCCCCUCCCAGAGCUCUGUUGCAGAGUCAGAACCCGAGCUCGUUGUCAACCCCUGGGACAUUGUCUUGUGCAGCUCAGGAACCCUCAUCUGCUGUGAAAAUGCCGUUGUGGUCCUUAUCAUCUUCCACAGCCCCAGCCUGCGAGCCCCCAUGUUCCUGCUGAUUGGCAGCCUGGCUCUUGCAGACCUGCUGGCUGGCCUGGGACUCAUCAUCAAUUUUGUUUUUGCGUACCUGCUUCAGUCAGAAGCCACCAAGCUGGUCACCAUCGGACUCAUUGUCGCCUCUUUCUCUGCCUCUGUCUGCAGUUUGCUGGCCAUCACUGUGGACCGCUACCUCUCGCUGUAUUACGCCCUGACGUACCACUCCGAGAGGACCGUCACCUUUACCUAUGUCAUGCUAGUAAUGCUCUGGGGAACCUCCAUCUGCCUGGGGCUGCUGCCAGUCCUGGGCUGGAACUGCCUGAGGGACGAGUCCACCUGCAGCGUGGUGAGACCGCUCACUAAGAACAACGCUGCCAUCCUCUCCAUCUCCUUCCUCUUCAUGUUCGCCCUGAUGCUUCAGCUCUACAUCCAGAUUUGUAAGAUUGUGAUGAGGCACGCCCAUCAGAUAGCCCUGCAGCACCACUUCCUGGCUACAUCGCACUAUGUGACUACCCGGAAAGGGGUCUCCACCCUGGCUCUCAUCCUGGGGACCUUUGCUGCCUGCUGGAUGCCUUUCACCCUCUAUUCCUUGAUCGCUGAUUACACCUACCCCUCCAUCUAUACCUACGCCACCCUCUUGCCCGCCACCUACAAUUCCAUCAUCAACCCUGUCAUUUACGCUUUCAGAAACCAAGAGAUCCAGAAAGCCCUCUGCCUCAUUUGCUGUGGGUGCAUCCCUUCUACGCUGUCUCAGAGAGCACGGUCUCCCAGCGACGUGUAGCAGCCUUCUCUCCAUAGGAUGCUGCCUCUGCCCAGGGCGGCCAGUGAUUUCCUCCCCUUAAAUUCUUUGCACUGGAUCUCACAAGUAGAAGCGAUGACAUCGUUCAGACUCGUGUUGACAGUGGAAAUCAUCUUACCAGUGUUUUUAAAAAACUCGACUUCUGGGCUCAGCAUUCUGUUGUUUGGUUUAGGAGUUGGGAUUUGUUUGUUUGUUUGUUUGUUUGUUUGGAGGGGGUAGUGGGACCUCAUGUGGCCAUGAAAUUAUACACAAGUCUCGGGAUUUUUUAACCUAGACUUGAAAAUAAAUCAGAGUUUUAAAGGAAACUGGAGAAAGAAGGAAUUACUUUUUCUGAACUUUUUUUUAAAAUGAAGAUAGAUCUUCCAUUCUGUAUGUAUGUAAAAGGAUAGGAGCUUUUUUCAUACGAUCAAAAUAGUUUAUGCAAUUAUGUUUGAAAGGGCUUGUGUUUAUUUCCACGCACUCAGUAAUAAGUGACCAGUAACAAAGGCACAAACUCCUUUAUUCUUUCUUCACCCGUAGCAGUAGUGACUGCUCCUAAGAGUCACUUUGCAGUUCCUCUGUGUUACAGCUUGGUGUGCAUGGUUAUCUGUGGUAGUUAGACCACUAAUUGCAAUAUUGCUCUGUUAAACCCAGAUUUAAAAGAGUCAUUUUUCUUCAAUACAGUUUUUGAAAUAUACUUUCUAAAGCGAAUCAUGAAAAAAAUGUUUCCAAUUACAUAUGAGAUAGCACUAAUUAGAUUUGUCAUUGUGAUUUUUAAAGCUCUAUUCUGGUGGUUUUCAGAAAACAAAAGAGAAAAUAUUAAUAGUAUCUAUUGGAAGAUUAGAUUUAUUUUUAAUAUAUUCUGAGGGAAUAAAUGGGUGUGACACUAUUAAGAAAUAUACAAACAUCACUUUUCACAUCUCUGUCUAUGGAUACAUUGCUAUUCUUGCUUAAGAUGAAUAGAAUUAAGUAUUAUAAAUGGAAAUUUUUCUGGUUCAUGCUGUUGGUAGCACAAAACGUAUCUGAAGCAGGUGGGUCUCCUAUCUUAACAACCAGGUCUCUGGCAUGUCCAGCCAACAUGACUGGUAUGUACCAGCUGUGUCCUGUGUGCUCAUCAGAAGAAUGACCACGUGGCUGAUGGUGAAAAGCUUAAUUUCCUUUCACCAGAAGACAUCCUCAGGGCAACAAGGACUCUGCUGCCUGCUUUCAGAAAGCAAAGGUUUAGCUGGGAAAUUACUACAAGAAGCGACUUAAAACACUGUACAAGGUCAUUUUGCCUGAGUCUCAUUUUCUGUGAAAGCAGACAUGUAAGAUACAAACACUGUCCCUCUGUGUGCAAUGGGGUCAUGAUUAUGUCUAUGCAGGAAAUGGAAGAAUUCCUGGAUGGCACAUUAAGACCAGUAUUUCAGGGUCCUUGGUGUGGGGUGGGAUCAUUUAUAAUAGGUUCCCCUCAAAGGCUUGUCCCAAUCAGUAUGGCCAUGGUGAUUUUAAAGAUUUAUUUAUUUUACAUAUAAGAGUACAUUGUAGCUGUACAUAUGGUUGUGAGCCACCCUAUGGUUGCUGGGAUUUGAACUCAGGACCUUCAGAAGAGCAGUCAGUGCUCUUAACUGCUGAGCCAUCUCACUAGCCCCCGGCCAUGGUGAUUUUAGGACCAGUCUUCAAAGCCUCCAUGCCAAACCCAUUCCUCCGAAGUUACUUCUUAAGUGGCUCAAGUGAGUCUGUAUCUCCUCUCUGAGGGUAUUCAUGGCUGCAUGAGAGGAAGGGAAAUAUUGAAGAAGUGGGAAAGGAUUUUCCCACUUCUUCCUGUCCGAUCAAGCCCAACCUAGCCGACAGCUUUAAAACAUUUAUUUUGAAUAUCAGAUGGGCUUGGUAGAAUAGGUUGAGUCUUUUUAUUUAUUUAUUUAAAUAUCUUAUUUGUGUAUUAAUUUUGCUUACACAUAUGUGCACAUGUGUGCAGGUGCUGUGAGAGGCCACAGGUAUCCAACUGGCCUGGAGCUACAGCUGGUUCUGAGCUGCCAUGUGGAUGCUGGAACUAGAACCUGGGUUUCUGCGACAGCAGUCAGUGCUCUUAACCACCGAGCCACUCUCCAGACCCAGUAUCUCUUCAGCCCCAGGAAUUUACUUUAGACGAAAGCAGGGAAAUCUCAUACUGGGCCCUUUAAACAACAGAUGAUGGUUUAUGGGAAUGAGAGCUCUCGUUUGCACGUCUCUGGUAGGAAUACAGGAGAACAGUCAGGUUUGCCUGGCCCACAUGUGUGCUCAACUUCGUACUUGAUGUUUUACCAGCUUUUUAAAUGUAACUGUGAAAACACACGUUUGCUGCAAGAAAGAUGGAGCUGCAGAGAGAGGCAAAGAAGCAGGCUAAGGCCUCAGAGCUGUGGGGCGGGGCUCGAACUGAAGGCAGGCUUUCCACGGCUCCUUCCCUGCCCCUCCACAACGUCAUCUUUGAUCCCUCACUCCAAAGAAAGCUGCCUUUGAACAGGUCACUGCCACAUAAUCUGGGUUCUAGAAUUAAGAAAAAGGUUCCCAUUUAAAAUCACAUGCGGACCAACAACCAAUGUGGGUAAAUGUUUGUGUACAUGGGGCGCUGGGCAAAAUGGUCUUAUAAAUACGUAUUCGGUCGUUACUUAAACUUUUUCUUAUAUAAAUUUGUUUGUAUAUAAGUGUGUGUGUGUCUAUGUGUGUGUGUGUGUGUGCACAUGUACCGUGGUACAAGUAUGGAAGCCAGAGGGCAGUCUGAGCGUCUGUUCUCAGUUUUCUCCUUCUGUAGGUAGGUUCUGGGUAUCAAACUCAGGUGGUUAGGCUUCGUGGCAAGCGCCUUUCGUCUGCUGAGUUAUCUUGCUGGUUGAGCAGUUCCUUUUGACCCAUGUUCUUUAAAAAAUACCUGAUUUUUAUUUGAAAGGUUUUCUUCAGCUCUCCCUGUUUAAAUUUUGAAGAGUUUUUGGUUAUUUUCUACAAGGUUUCUUGUCUUUAAUAAAGAUAAC